AUGGUUACCAUCAUGCGUAUCUUGAUUAUCGUAUCAUGGGCAGCACCUGAUUUUCGCCACUGGUACCUGUCGCCUCACCUGUACUUCUUAUCCAAAUUGCACGCUUGGAGAUUGCGCAUCCAACGCAAAAGAGAUAUCACCGAGUCUUGUGGUUCCCUUCAUGCUGCUAAUAAUCUGGUGUUUAACGUGCUCACUGUGCCUAGCGAAAGAUCCAUACGUGGUUAUUGGAGGCAUUGGCAGCUGACCAUCUUGGAUCUUAUUCAUCAGGUUAUCCUUAAAACAAACACACAAUUUCUCGUCCUGGAUAUGGCUGAUUCACAAUCCUAA